AUGCUACGCUUUCUUCCAUUUCAGCUAAUGGAUAUUCGCAUUAGUACUCGUCUAAACAAUCUAUUCUCCAAGCUACGAUUUCUUUGUGUAAUACAAGGGAUGCUGGGCUUUUUUCAAUCAAUAUACAGCCCAGUUGGAGGAUUAUGCAUGCUAGUAUCCUUAUUACUCCUUUAUACUAUAACAGUGCGAAAAAACUGAGUACUCUGCGUAACUUAUAUAUUUGAGUCAAUAACUGAUAUCUACACAGAAUGAAAAUUAAUAGAAGAUUUUUACUUCACAGAAGAGUCUAAACAUUAUUUUAUCCCUGGAGUUUCUUUUGUGAAGAUUUUUUUUCACAUCAUUGCUAUAUACAUAGUGUUCUUGACUUAUAGAGAACUGAAAGCGCUGCAUAUCGAACUUAUUUGGGGGAAUCGAAUCCAAUUUAAUUAA